AUGGAUGCAGGGAUCAUCUUUGCUAUAUCUGAUAGCAAGUGGGUCAGCCCCACUCAGGUGGUCCUGAAGAAAGGCGGGAUGACUGUGGUCCUAAAUGAGAAGAAAGAGUUGAUCCCGAUGCGGACCGUGACUGGCUGGAGAGUCUGCAUCGAUUACCAGCGCCUGAACAACGCCACCAGGAAAGAUCAUUUUCCCCUACCUUUCAUUGAUCAGAUGCUGGAGAGGUUGGCUGGUCAUGAUUUUUAUUGCUUCCUGGAUGGCAUGUCUGGCUAUUUCCAGAUCUCUAUUGCACCAGAGGAUCAGGCGAAGACCACAUUCACUUGCCCCUUCGGCACUUUUGCUUACCGGAGGAUUCCAUUCGGGCUGUGUAAUGCACUGGCGACCUUCUAG